GACUCCGGCGUCGGCAAAACCUGCCUCCUGUUCCGCUUCUCUGAGGACGCCUUCAACACCACCUUCAUCUCCACCAUCGUUGUAUGUUGAAAUCCCAAUGCUCAGAAACUUCCAAUCUCGCUGGCCAGCCAGCCUCACCUUUCAUCACAAGUUCCAGUCAAGUAAGAGAGUAAGAGACCUAGUUUAAAAAAACAAAAAUGAAAACAAGAAGAAAAGAAAAGAAAAGAAAAGAAAAGAAAAAGCAAGAUGGGAUUGAUUUUAAAAUCAGAACGAUAGAACUCGAUGGAAAGAAAAUUAAGCUUCAGAUAUGGGACACAGCAGGCCAGGAAAGAUUUCGAACAAUUACAACAGCAUACUAUAGAGGAGCCAUGGGAAUUAUGCUGGUCUAUGACAUCACCAAUGAAAAAUCCUUUGACAAUAUUAAAAACUGGAUAAGAAACAUUGAAGAGCAUGCCUCUUCAGAUGUUGAAAGAAUGAUCCUGGGUAACAAAUGUGAUAUGAAUGACAAAAGACAAGUGUCAAAAGAAAGAGGGGAGAAGUUAGCAAUUGACUAUGGGAUUAAAUUUUUGGAGACAAGUGCAAAAUCCAGCACAAAUGUAGAAGAGGCAUUUUUUACACUUGCACGGGAUAUAAUGACAAAACUCAACAGAAAAAUGAAUGACAGCAAUUCAUCAGGAGCAGGUGGGCCAGUGAAAAUAACAGAAAACCGGUCUAAGAAGACAAGUUUCUUCCGUUGUUCAUUGCUUUGAUGAACUCUUCGUUUCUGAGAGACUGCAGUAUACCUAGAGGGCCCUUCCCUGCUUCUCUGAAAGCACAGGUUACCCAGCCUCAGAGUCACCUUGCCCGACUGCUGCGGAGAGCACCAUGGAACUCUAGACCUCCCAACACAGAACACCAAGUGGAUUCCAGCCACAUGGCCUAGCAAAAGAGCAGGCUCUUUUCUUCAGACAUGGAAGCAAUGACGUGGAGACACACGCAGGACCUAACUGGUUUUUCCUUGUUUUACUGCCUGUCCGGAAAGCUGCUGUCUUUCUUUGCACAUGAGUGUCAGUCUUUCUGUGGUACAGCAUAAUCUUAGACUCCUAACUGAGCACUUUAGUGGCAUGAAGUUCUAGACUUAUAUAUCUGGGGAUAUUUAAAGACAGCAGAAUAUUAAACAGAGGUUGAUAUACUAAAAUUAAAGGAUGGUGGCCUGGAUCAUAUGGCCAAAAGUUCUUCUAUUGGUAGCAUUUAUUAAAGAACUUUGAUUUGCAGUAUUCUUAAAAAUUAUUAAAUUCUGAUUAACUUUUAAAAUUCAUAAAAAAUGCCCAUCUGUUCACAGAGGCCACAUCAUUUUCAUCUUUUCAGGUGGUUAUCAAUUUUGCUCAUCUCUGAGUAGCUUGUAUUCUUUUUAAGUUGGCUGCCACUGCCUCCUCUCUGAAACAGCAUGUAGAAAGCACUCUAGUCUCACUGUUUCUGAGGGUCAUGUUUGCUGUCCCUUUUCCUGCCUGACUUCUUGUCAUUAUUUACUUAUCUAAAAUCAAUAAUAUAUGUAAGAACUGUUGUGUCUGUCUGUGAACUUCAUGCAUUGGGAUUUCACAUAGGGAGAGAAAUGGUCAUUAGGGCUUUAUUAUCACAUCCAGCUAUGGUCUUAUCACACCAGAAUAUGUAAAUAUCCCUUCUUAGUUUUACCCAUUAACUUGUAUUACCCAUUUCUUAACCAUAGUCCCCAUCUGCGAGAGAGUUAACAAAGGUUAGAUUUAGAUUUCAGUUUGUGUAAAACAUACCUAUAUGGAGAGAAAUUAGACAUGCUGGUGUAAGAUAGUUGUUAGUAAUGAUGAAAAUAAUGACUUUUGGUUCUAUUUGGUGUUUAAAAAAAUAUAUAUAUAAAAGUAAUUAGACCUAGCAUAUCCUCCAGAAAUCUUGUCUUUUCAUUCGAGCACAUACGAUCCAGGUUUCAGCUUUUACACAGCCAUUGCUGAAUGUAUAGGACCCAGCCCUUUACAUUUAGGUUUGUAAUUAGAGAUGUGGUGUGGCUAUCUAGGCCAAAGCCAACCGAAAGCUUUGCUGCCUUCUCACCAAAUGCUGGUUCUGAUGUUUCUUUUGUAGAUAAACCACCACACUAGAGGGGUAGUUAACUUAUGUGCCAAAUACAGAUCAAAAUGUCACUGCUGUUGUUGUAGCCUUCAGUGUCCUAACGCACAGGGCAUAGAAACAGGUGACAAGGGAAAAGAACUGGUAGCAGUCACUCCCCCUGCUCUUGUUCUGUACAUUAAGACCUGGAAGUGGAAACGGACAUGGAUAUUUGGUUACACGGGGAAUUCUGCUUCAGUACUUGGACCAGUCAGGCCUUCCCAUCUGUGGAAAGACUCAAAAGCAUUCCAGUGACUGCAAGCAUACCAGAGUUAUUUUUGGUGGAUACGCUGACUUUAUUGUGGACAAACUGUAGCCUUUUCUUCUUUUUCCCUGGUUACCUAUCAGCUUCAAGUCACACGUGACUCUCCAGGGGUCAGUAGUUCUCUCAGUGAGAAUUGAUUGUAAGUCUAACAUCUUCAAAUUAAAUACGUUCAAAUUAAAAAUGAUAUUUUUUUA